UUACCAUAAAGUCACAUGACUGCCCCGUUGACAGGAAGAAAAUGGCGAUCUUCAGUGUGUAUGUUGUCAAUAAGGCUGGUGGACUCAUCUACCAGUACGAUAAUUAUGUACCUCGAGCUGAAGUCGAAAAAACGUUCAGCUUUCCUCUUGAUUUAGUUUUAAAGAUUCAUGAUGAGAAGGUAGUUGUGUCAUUUGGACAGCGGGACGGGAUCAGAGUCGGUCACGCGCUUCUCUCCAUUAACGGAGUGGAUGUGAAUGGCAAGUACACGGCUGAAGGGAAGGAGAUACUGGAAUAUCUGAAAGAUCCUGCCAAUUAUCCAGUGUCCAUCAGAUUCGGCCGACAGAGACUCUCAUCCAAUGAGAAACUCAUGCUGGCCUCAAUGUUUCACUCGCUGUUUGCCAUUGGAUCACAGUUAUCACCUGAAGUUGGCAGCUCUGGUAUUGAAAUGCUGGAGACAGAUAUGUUUAAACUGCACUGCUUUCAAACACUCACAGGUAUAAAGUUCAUUGUAUUGGCAGACCCUCGGCAGACUGGUAUCGAUGCCCUCCUAAGAAAGAUUUAUGAAAUCUACUCAGACUUUGCACUGAAGAAUCCUUUCUACUCUUUAGAGAUGCCUAUCAGAUGUGAGCUUUUUGACCAAAACCUAAAGAACGCUCUGGAAGUAGCAGAGAAAGCUGGGACAUUUGGACCCGGAUCCUGAACUGGACUUGCUUUGAGUGUGUUCGUCCACCUGACACAAUCUCCAAAAGUUCUGCAGUCAAACUUGUCCAGAGAAAUAUUUGGGUUGCUGGCAUUUCCAUCUUUUCCAGACUUUUUCUUCAAGCUUGAAUGAUUUAAGUCAGUUUAAGACCACUGUAACUGCCCCUUUUUGUUUCUUUUUGAAAUUAAGCCCCAAAUUGAGACAUAACCUUUGUAAAUAAUGUACAUGGACAGUUUAAGUUUGUAAUCUGAUCUUGUGCAGAACUUCUAAACAAGAUGGAGAAGCUUAACAUGCUCAAUACGUUUUAUUGAGAGAUUUUUUUAUUUCCAUCUAUCCAAAUGAAAUGAAAUUUACAUGUAAUUUGCAUUCUGUCAACAGAAUAUGAAAAGUCUACUGUAUCUUGGAUCCAUUUAGGUCCAAAGGUUGCUCAAGUUUAAAAGGUCAAUCAAUGAUAUCAGCAAUCUGUAAAUCUUAAAUGUUUUAUUUAUAUAAACUCAUUUUAUUGUGCUAUUAAACAUUCACGUGAUAUAACUAA